AUGCAACUAGCUUCAUCUAAACUACGCAACGAACUGGCAAAUAAUUCACCCAUAUCGAUUGGAGUUCCACUAGAUCUUUCUCAACCAAAUAUCUUCAAUUUGCAGCAACAACAAGGAAUGGAUGAUACAUUAGCUCAAGAUGUUAGGUCACAGCUCAACACCAUGAAAUCAUUUCGAGAUGAUUUGUUCUUUAUGGCUGAUGGCCUCCCUGCAUCUGGGUUUCCCAAUCAUUAUAUGUCACCAUAUAUACCAAUUAAUGGGGACCAAAAUGACAUCUAUCUAGGUACGAAUAAUUAUGCCUAUAGAUUCGAUGAUAAUACUAAUAGUGGCGUUGUAACUGCCAAUAAUAGAAUUAAUCCUACAGACUUUCCCAAACCAGGCUCUCAACAUAGAGAACAUUUAUUGUCUGUCCUAGCUCAUAAAAACAUUGAAAAGUAUCAAAAACAAAUGAGAUUACAACAACAGCACCAACAGCACCAACAUCAACAACAUUUACAGAAAAACUUCCCAAAUCAACAUUUUCAAGAUAGAAGAAUGAUUAACCAACCAUUACCGCAUCAGAUUCAUCAAAAUAACACAUUUUCAAUGCACCAAGGCAGAUAA